AUGGAUAAUGAAUUCGAUCGAUACUAUAUAAAAAUUCGAACUCGUUUGGGAAUAGAUCCAACGACAAUUCACGAAGAACUCACAACAGCUUUGGGACCCAAUGCUCCAUCAUAUCGAACAGUUGCAAGGUGGGCAAAGCGUUUCCGUGAAGGGAGAGAAGAUGUCAAUGAUGAACCUCGAUCUGGUCGUCCAGUUUCCGAACUUACAGAUGAAAAUAUUGAACUGGUACGACAGUUUAUCAACAAUGAUCCACAUUCAACUUAUGAUGAUAGUACAGCUGAGACUUCUCUCUCUCAUGGUACAAUAGAACGAAUUAUCCACGAAUGCCUCAAGAUGAGAAAAGUUACAUCACGUUGGGUGCCUCAUCAAUUGACUGAUGAACAAAAGCAAGAACGAGUUAGACUUUGUCGUGAAAAUUUGACGAAAUUUCGUGGUGGCUCCUGGCGAUUAUGUAAUAUUAUUACGGGUGGUGAGACAUGGAUUUACUAUAGGCAGAUUGGUCACAAGUCAACAAACACAAGCUAG